UGUGUAGCUGAUAUGAUGAGUAGUACUAUGCAUUCUCUUAAAUGGGUUCUCUUGGAUUUGAUUGAUAGGUGCAGCGGCUUGAGAUGUUUCAAGCAAAUCCAUGCACAAAUAGUAACUUCUGGCCUAGCUUGCAAUGACUUGGUUGCUAACAAUGUUGUUGGUUUUCUCGGAAAAAAUGUUAAUUCUGUUGAUUACGCUUGUGACUUUUUGAAACAAGUUGAUUGGCGCGUCAGCUCUUUUCCAUUUAACACGCUGAUCUCUGGCUAUGCCAAUGGUGGCAAGCCAAGGGCGGCGGUUUUGUUCUAUAGAAGGAUAGUGAGAGAUGGGUUUAUGCCUGACAUGUACACUGUUCCAGCGGUUUUGAAAUCCUGUGUUAAGUUUUUGGGAAAGGGAGAGGGAAGACAGGUUCAUGGGGUGGUUGUUAAGAUGGGUUUUCAGUGUGAUGUCUAUGCUCAGAACUCGCUUGUGCAUUUCUAUAGCGUUUGUGGUGAUUGUGGUGAUUGUGGUGGUGCCAUCCGAGUGUUUGAUGAGAUGCCUGUGAAAGAUGUGGUCUCUUGGACUGGUCUGAUAUCUGGCUAUGUUAAAGCAGGAUUGUUUGACGAGGCUAUAUCUUUGUUUUUCAGGAUGGAUGUGAAGCCGAAUGUGGCAACUUUUGUUAGUGUACUUGUGGCUUGUGGGCGAAUGGGAUAUUUGAGGGUGGGGAAGCGGAUUCACGGAUUAAUCUUCAAGCGUUCAUUGGGUACAAAUUUGGUGGUAGGCAAUGCUAUUGUGGAUAUGUAUGUUAAGUGUGAGAGUUUAUGUGAUGCAAAGAAAAUAUUUGAUGAGCUCCCUGAAAGGGACAUUGUAUCUUGGACUAGCAUGAUAAGUGGAUUGGUACAAUGUAAACGUCCAAGGGAGUCACUGGAAUUGUUCUGCAACAUGCAAAGCUUAGGCAUCGAGCCUGAUAAAAUUAUACUUGCUAGUGUGCUUUCAGCGUGUGCCAGUCUUGGGGCUCUUGAUUAUGGUAGAUGGGUCCACGAGUAUAUCGAUCGUAGAGGAAUCAAAUGGGAUAUCCAUAUUGGAACAUCUCUGAUUGAUAUGUAUGCGAAAUGUGGUUGUAUAAAGAUGGCAUUGCAGACUUUCAAUGAAUUGCCUUGUGGGAAUGUCUCUACAUGGAAUGCGUUACUGGGUGGUUUAGCAAUGCAUGGAAAUGGGCAUGAGGCACUCCAAAAUUUUGAAGACAUGACUAAGUCUGGCACCAGGCCAAAUGCAGUGACAUUUCUAGCUAUUUUGACAGCUUGCUGCCAUUCUGGUUUGGUUGAUGAAGGCCGUGGGUACUUUUAUCAGAUGAUAAAACAACCUUACAAUCUUUCUCCAAGGUUAGAACACUAUGGAUGCAUGGUUGAUCUGCUAUGUAGGGCUGGACUCGUGGAUGAAGCUCGGGAAUUGAUAAACACUAUGCCCAUGCAACCUGAUGUGCUGAUAUGGGGAGCUCUUCUAAGUGCUUACAAGGCCAAAGGUGAUGUUGAUCUCUCUCAAGAAAUACUAGACCGUCUCCUGCAACUCAAGUUGCAAGAUAGUGGGGUUUAUGUGCUCCUAUCAAACGUAUAUGCCACUAAUGAAAGAUGGGCUGAUGUAACAAGGGUAAGGAGGUUGAUGAAGAAGAAAGGUAUACAAAAGUUCCCCGGGUCUAGUGUUAUAGAGGUGGAUGGUAAGGCGCAUGAAUUUUUAGUUGGGGAUACUAGCCACCCUCAACAUGAGGAUAUCCAUGUACUAUUGAACAUCCUUGCUAAUCAAGUCUAUCUUGAAGGGAUAUUCCCCAUCCAUUCCUGAUAAGAAAGUCUGCAUCCAGGAACUGUGCAACAAAAGCCCAAAGCCUGUAUGUGUCUUCAAAACUGGCUAGGAAUCCAA